CCAUUGGAGUGCCCCAAGCCAGACUUAACUUCCACCAAAUACCGGGAGGGUGCUGCUGUGGCUGCUGGGUGUUAAUUAUUGUUGUGUUGUCCACGCUGUCCUUGUCCCUUGCUCCAUCUAGGUCUCUCGUCACACUCACUACCUUAUUCCCGUCAAAUCCCUGUUUUAAAGAUUUCACAUGAGGAGGACUAUGAUGGUGCCAAUGGGAAGGAGCUGAGAGUGGUGGUAAAUGGGAAUGACCCCGACUAUGAACAUUUCUAUACAGUGGAAAGCUACAACGAACAAACAGAAGAUUAUGGACCAGAUCAAAUGCAAAGCUCAGAAACAAUGCGCGAUAAAGUAAACCCUACAACCGCACCACAACAGGAAAGGUAUAGAAGAGAAGCCAUCGAACAAGAGCCCUGCCUGUUGGGCCUGGAUGAAGGAACAUGUUCCAGGUACACACUGCGUUGGUAUUACCACAGGAAGACAGACAGAUGCCGACCCUUCAUUUACAGUGGCUGCAGCGGCAACGCAAACCGAUUCCAGACGCAGGAGGAGUGUGAACAGAGGUGCAAGAACAACAAAGAACCAAGCAAGCAAGGCAGAAGCUGAAUAAAACAGCAAGAAGAGUCGGAAAGGUGUAAAUUUUUAAUCACAAGCACUGGGCAAACAGCAAACAAGGCAAAGUGGGCCAGCAUAUCUGAGUGUAUCUUGUUUGUAAUUAGUGAACUUGGCGUGAUAAUAUGCAAUUGUUUCAAACAAAUGGUGCUUUUUUUAUGUUCUCAGAGUUUCUGAAUUAAGGUGAAAUCUUGAUAGAUAAUUUUUGAACAAACAACUCAGAAAACUGUUUGGAUGGGAAUGCGUCACUUUCCAAAUUCUGCUGUGCAUCAUCAGCAGGACCGUUAUCACUAUGGUGAUAGAUUAAAGUCAGAUUCACUGUUAAAGUCCUCAUUCAUAACUCUGUUGUCGAAGAGACAAGGCUUUGAAAUGUUGGCCAUUUUUCCAAAAUGUGGUGAUUGUGAGCCCAUCUCCAGCCUCGUAAUGAGCUAGACUGAACAAUGACCUUUCACCUUUGCCCCCCAACUCCCAUCCCAUAUGUUGGCCCUGGGAUUCUGGGACCAAAUGAACCCCCUCUCCCCCACUCCUCCACUGGGAAGGUGCUGAGCACAUAAACUCCACCUUAGGUAGAGAGAAGCCAAGGCAGGAGUUAGGAACAUGGGAGUGUCCUUCCCCCUGGGUUAAAGCACUUUGGGCCAAAGUUUUUGGCUGCGAGUAGUUGUGCUGUGCCCACACAUGAACAUACAAAUUAGGAGCAGGAGUGAGCCAUUCAGUGUAUUGAACUUACUGUGCCAUUUCAUGCUGUCAUGGAUAAUUGUGAUUAUGACUAAUUCCAUAUGCCAUCCUAUCCCCGAUAAGCCUUAACUCCCAUGUUAGCCAAGAAUCCAACUACCUCCAACUAGCUUAAAUAUCUUCAAUCUUUCUGCUUCCACUGUUCUCUGACAAAGGUAGUUCCAAAGAGACACAGUCCUCCAAUAGAGAAAAACAAAUCUCCUCAGCUCAACCUUAAUGGAGUGACCUUUUAUUCUUGAACUGUGUCCCCUCCUUCUCGUCUCUCCAAACAAUGGAAACACUUAUUCAGCAUCUACUCUGUCAAGUCCCCUCAGCUUCUCAAAUGUUUCAAUGUCAUCACCACUCAUUGGUCUCCACUCCAAUGGAUAUACCCUUACCUGUCCAACUCUUCCUUCAUAAGUUUACUAUCCUCCAGCACAUUCAGUCAAUACUAUAUCUCAGAGACAAAAAAAAACUGCAGAUGCUGGAAUCCAAGUUAGACAAACAGGGGGUUGGAAGCCUGAUCUCCCGGUCACCGCCCAUUUCAAUUCCCCUUCCCACUUCCGUUCCGACAUGUCCAUCCUCUGCCUCCUCCUUGGCCGCAAUGAAUCAGACAGCAAAUUUGAGGAACAAUGCCUCAUCUGCCUGGGCAGCCUACAGCCUGGAGUACUCGAGGUUGAGUUCUCAAAUUUCAAGUAACCUCCUUCCCUUAGCCCCUCCCCCUCCCAUUCCACCCACCGACCCUUCCUUGUAGCUACCUAUCGGAUUCAUCCCUCCCAUUGACCAGCCAGGUCAUACUCACUACCUGUGUUUACCCACCACUACCUCACCAGUCUCUCCACCCCACGCAGCCCCCUCUUUAUCUAGCUCUUGCCACCCCCACAUCUAGUCCUGAAGAAGAUGUCUCCGCAAAACGUUGACUUCUCCACCUCCUGAUACUGCCUGGCUUGCUCCCUUCCAGCCUAAUAAUGCAUCUGAAGUUUAUAAAACUUUUUUUUUAUUUGUUCAUGAGAUGUUGGUACCGCUGGCUGGGUAAUUGUUUAUUGCCCAGUUGCUAGUUGCCCCUUGAGAAGGAAGUAGUGAGCUGCCUUCUUGAACCGCUGCAAGCCGAUAGUUGUAGGUACACCCACAAUACUGCAAGGGAGGGAGUGCCAGCACGUUGACCCAAUGACACUGAGGGAAUGGUGUUAUGUUUUGACAUCGUCCCGACUGGAGACCCAUCCCUGAAUGAACACCUUAAUGAUUACUGAGCCCGCGGAGGCAGGGGGAGUUCUACAUUUGUGCGAAGAUUUGUAGCUCGGGUGCUCGUUGUUGUGGUUCUGUUCGCCGAGCUGGAAGUUUUUGUUGCAAACGUUUCGUCC